GAGAGAGAGAGAGAGAGAGAUACAAACGCAUAUUCGUCAUUGAUAUAAUUUAUAGAAACUGAAAUAAAAAAAGCAAGAAUGUAGAAAGCCUUGCAGAGGACAAACAGGAAGGCAGCGAGGAGAGCAUCGUCCAACGCAGAGUUAGAAUGCCCUAACACGGAGUCGGAUUCUCACGUCUCUCCCUCGCUCGACGAUAUAGUAUGGGAUCCCGUUGCAAGAGGGAGACGGUGCCAGGGCAACUAGAGUGCCAACUGUGUUAGCCUUGAGCUCUGCAGAAAGAAAAGAUCUCGGAACUCGGACAUUUUCUCGUGAAGGGCAGAUGGAAGGCAGUCGAUCGGCGGGUGGAAGCUGCUUUCCCUGGAUCCUUCUCCUUCUCUUUGUUCAGGGAAAAAACGUGUUCAGCUCUGGCCCAAUUUGGCUACAAAUUUAUACUAAUCCGUGGGAUUUGCUUACUGGAAAGGUAGCUGUGAAUUUUCGGUUCAAAUGAUUACGUUUCCGAUUCGAAAUGGCGGAGCAACAUUCGUUAUACGAGAAUGCUGGCUGGACUUCGGGGAAACUCCU